AAAAUCGAAAAUACAGAGUGUAACAUUAAUGUAUGUGGCUGUGUAUUUCAGACAAUCGCUGGAGUAUCCAAUGCUCGAGUGCACGAUAAUUUAAAUCAAUCUACCAAACAAAAACAGAGAUCAAAUUCUAGCUCAACGCCGGUACCCCAUACUUCGUCUACAAAAAAUACUAAUUCGAUAGCAGGUAAAAUUUUGCGAGUAAUUUUAAUUUAUGCGACUUGGACUUCCCAACAUCGCAGCUGUGUAAAUCACAAAUUUUCAGGUAAACGUCAAACUUUUAAAUUAAUAGACAGCAAACAAGGAGCGUUGCAACAAGCUGAUAAGAAGACUUUCCUCCUCGACACUUACGCCCGUAUCGUCGCUAGCAAUAAUAGACGUUGUCCUAAACGAUUGCGCGAACUUGCUAAACCGAAGAGACAAGCUCGCAACGAUCAAAAUGAUUAUUUUUCAAACUUUGAACCAAACUAUCCCAACACAGCUAAAACUUAUGGUGAUAAAACUAAACGCACCUUGAUAGAGUCAAAGAAGAAAUAAUAUAUUAUUGUUAACAAAAUAUUUUAUACAAUUUCUCUGCAAAGUCGAACAAAAAUUUAAGAAACUUUUACAAAAAUGCUUAAGCAACGACUGAGAAAAUUAGAAUAUCUUUUUUAUAGAUAUGCAUUUUCCGAGGUACAAAUAAUAAAAAUCUUUUAUUUUCCAAAAUUAUAAAAAAACCAAUAAAAUAAUCAAUUUUUAAUUUUCUUCCUUUUUCUAUUAUCUCUCUAAACUAUAAUAGUUUCUCUAUAAUGAGGAAAAUAUGAUUUAUACCACUGCACUCACUAUUGUUUGUAUCGUUUAAAAAAUUUAUCUAAGAAAAAUGAAAAUGUUAUAAACUGACCGUGAGAGAUAAAUGAUAUUUUUGCGGGAGGCGCGUUAACCACUGCACUUCUCGUCGCAAAUGACAUCAUUAAUUAUUAUUUCAUCUAGAUUUAAAAUUCCAUACAUGUACGAAUUAAAAUUAUAAAAUCGCGCAUGACCUCAUCUAUGCUGUGAAAUACACUCAGAUACAGUGAUACUCAGAUUUCCUGAAAAGGUAAUUGCGGUUUGCGCGCGCGUCUUCCUCUUUGCGGACGGGUAUAAAAAGCUUUAUAUCGCCCUUGAAAUUUUCAGCUCACCGGUGCAAACGUACGGUACGUAUAUGCAUCUAACCGGUUUAACUUGAUUUUGCGUGCCUAAAUUUCUUGCUCAUAUUAGGCUCGACAAUUCAAGCCAUCAACCAACUUCACGAACGCCAUACAAAUUUUUUGAAAUGAUUAUAAUCAUCCGCUGUUGAUGUAGUCAGGAAUAGUAGAAGUUCACGGAGUAGAAAGAUUUUUGCCCGAGCAAUCUUUUGAUCUUAUUUCAAAAAGGAAAAUUCGAUAAAGUCCUUUUGAUCAACUCGGCAGCGUGGUUAAGAGUAGUGCACCACGACGGUUUGCAAUAUCUUCUUUAUGUGGAUCAAAUUUCCAUAUUUCAUAAAUAAUGACCCGAAAAUUUCCAUGGUAGAACUUAUGACAAGCAUGUAGUCAAACUUUGCGCAAACUGCGACUUUAGCAAACAACGUCAUUUGGGAACCAUAUGUGCUGGAAAAAAAAAACUAAAUAUUUCAGCGGUAUCGAAAAUAACAACCAGUUCUUUUGCCAAUAAAAUGCAAAAAUGUGAAAACUUGUUUCCUCUGAAUUCGCAACAGAGAUCGGUUUGAUACCUAACAUCAGUUCCGCAAGCUGUAAUAUAUUAACAAUAAAUUGAUACAUGGUCCGUUAGACCAUUAAGUAAAGUAUGUCAUGAUUCUAUUACUCGGUAAGUGCAAUUAUAUCAGUUUAAAAAAAAAUUUCUUCUUUUUUCCUAAACAAAUAUUUCUUUAAAUUGCAAUCCCUGCAAACUUA